AUGAAGAAAAUAGAAGCAAUUAUCAGACCGGAGAAACUCACCAUAGUGAAGUUUAUGCUUGGCGAGGCAGGCUUUUACGGACUGAAUGCUACUCACGUAACGGGACGCGGUGGACAGCGUGGCAUUGUCCAUACUGGACGCGCCGGGCAGACAAUUACCGUGGACAUGCUGCCCAAGAUGAAGCUGGAAUUAGUAGUCAAGGAUUCGGACGUGGACACGGUUGUUGACAUAAUCGUCGAAUCCGCGCGCACCGGCGAAAUCGGCGACGGCAAAAUAUUCAUCCACCCGAUAGAGGACACCAUUCGGGUCCGCACAGGCGAGCGCGGCGACGCAGCCGUCUAA